GGCAGCCGCAGCAGCCGCCGGUCUGCGCGCUGCUUGGAGAGGGGAGUGCCUGCGCUCGGCGCCUGGGCGCGCAGCAGCAGGAGCGGACCCCGCGUGCGCCGCCGCCGCCCCGGGGAGAGGGCUCCCCGCCGCGCCCUCCUUAUGUUUCUGCGGUGCGGCCUCGGGAGUCCUCAGAGGAGCCCGCCGCCUCCAGACCGCUGAUCGCGCUGCCCCCUCGGCGCUUGGCGGGGAUGCCCAACUUCGCGCUUCUUCUGCUCUCCACCUGCUGGACUUUGGAGCUGGUAAAUGGUAUACACCCAGAAUGCAGAAUUCUGCUGGAGAUCCACGAAGAGGAAAUUAGAUGCAUGGAAAUGAUAAAGAAUGCUAGAACAGCAGAUUUUAAAGGAUGUGUUGGUACCUGGGAUAACCUAACUUGCUGGCACUCUGCUGAAAUUGGAGAAAUUGUGACCGUCCCUUGUCCAAAAAUCUUUAGCCAUUUUUUCAGCAAACCAGGAAAUAUUAGUAAAAAGUGUACAAGUAAAGGAUGGACAGAUAUAUUUCCAGAUUUCCUUCUUGCUUGUGGAUAUAAAGACAUUGAUGAGAACAGCACGACUUUCUAUGUUCUGGUGAAAGCAAUUUACACCCUUGGGCACAGCGCAUCUCUCAUUGCUCUGACCACAGGAAGUAUAAUUCUUUGCCUUUUUAGGAAACUUCACUGCACUCGGAACUACAUACAUUUGAAUUUGUUCCUGUCUUUCAUUCUAAGAGCAAUCUCUGUUUUAGUCAAGGAUGAGAUCCUCUAUUCCAACACCAGCACAGAUGAAUGCCCAGAGGAAUCACCAUCUCUGGUCGGCUGCAAGGCUAGCUUGGUAUUUUUCCAGUACUGUGUAAUGGCCAACUUUUAUUGGCUCUUAGUUGAAGGACUUUAUCUCCACAUCCUCCUCAUGGUCAUAUUCUCUCCUAACAGACACUUCACCAUAUAUCUCCUUGUUGGAUGGGGAGUCCCUACAGUGUUCAUCAUCAUGUGGACAAUAUUUAGGAUCUACUUCGAAGACACGGGCUGCUGGGAUACCAAUGAGCACAGUGGCCCUUGGUGGGUUAUAAAAUUACCAAUCCUAAUUUCCAUUGUAGUGAAUUUUAUACUCUUCAUUAGCAUUAUAAGAAUUUUACUACAGAAGUUGAGAUCGCCAGAUGUUGGAGGCAAUGACCAGUCCCAGUACAAGAGACUUGCAAAAUCAACAUUGCUGCUUAUUCCACUGUUUGGAGUUCACUACAUGGUGUUUGCGGUCUUUCCUAUCCGCAUUUCCCAUAAUUAUCAAAUCAUUUUUGAAUUAUGUCUGGGAUCAUUUCAGGGCCUCGUUGUUGCAGUCCUCUAUUGUUUUCUGAACAGUGAAGUACAGGGUGAACUGAAAAGAAAAUGGCGGAGCUGGUGUUUGAACCAAAGAAUGGGUCGAGAUUACAAGCUUCACAGCUCUUCCAUUUCUCGAAAUGGCUCAGAAAGCAUCUCGCAAUUGCAUCGUAAUUCAGCAACACAGUUUUCUCUUCAGACAGAAACCUCAGUGAUAUAAGCCAUGCGUGUGCCAGCUCAAGAUUAGACAAUGGAUUUCUGUGUAUAGCUCAGUCAAUGUGAUAUUUUCUAAAAUGUAGAGUUUGUACUCUGUUUUGUCUAUAUGUCAGGACCUGGGGGUGGCCUGGUGCUGUGAAAGAUAGCUUUUUUUCAGACUAGUACUUGUUUUAGUGCCAAGAUUCAUGCCCAGAAUGUACAAAAUCAUGUCUAUAAUGAAUUUGCAUUGGUUGCCCUUCAUUUAGAGGUGAUUGACACCUAUCAAUUCCAAUCUGAAAAUAAUCGGAGUUUCCUGGAUUUUUUUCUUCCAAAGGUCCACUGAACACCUUACCAGAUGUUUCAGACUCCAGAUUUUUUCUGGACCAUGUCUGCCUAGGAUCCCACCAGACUGAGCCAAACACUGCUAAGCCUGGGCCUUGCCUCUGUGGUGAUACCAGGUCAUGUUACCAUUGCAUGCCAGGUCAGAUCCUGGGUAAUGGUUGCUGUUUCCUGAAUGCAAUGAGCAGCCUUACUGGCUGUGGGACUUAGUCAGGCAAGGCCCAUGAAAGUCAGAAUAUGAAGGCACUUUUAAAGCUGGUGAAGUCUCGGAAGCGAAAGAGGUGGACUGUGGUCAGAUUUCACUGCUUUGAGGACAGUUCCUCUGUCAUUCCGCCUGUCUCAUUUUUAAUCCACCCUUUCUAAAAGGUGUUUGUUCCCUGCCCACAUUUUAUCCUCACAAUAAUCUUGCGAAGCGGGUUAGGCUGAAAAAAUGAUUGAGCUAUAGUUGUAGUGCCUGACUGGGGGAUGUAAAACCACCCCCUCCCCAUUUUAGGGCUCAACUAGAUACUCCUGGCUGCUUCCUUAUCAUGCAGCAAGCAUCAUCCGUCACCUCCAGUGGUGCUGGGGCUCCUGUCUCCCAUCCUGUGCCACUUCCAAGCCUCAACCAGGAGUAGGCGACCUGGGUCUCCACCCAGACAGAGUACCAUGAGGUAGGCUUUCAGGAUUGGGACCCCCAGAGUGUUUUGGAAAGAAGAAAAUCCCUGCCUUAAAGUGGUGGCAGCAUCUCCGUGGUGGGUAUGGGGAUGCCAUCAUAUUGUCUUGAGUCCCAAGUCUGACUCUCUAAUCACUAUACCAAAUUGGCUUCCUGCUUGACACUCCCCAUAACAACUGAUAGCAGCAAAAAAAAAAGCAAAAUAUUUUAGUAAAUAUAUGCAUAUUUGUUUAAAUAUAUAAAUUAGUUGUGUUAUUAACACAGAAUUUUUAUCAAUUUUUUGUGCAGAAUAUACAUAUCCUUGUUCAUAUCAUACAUUGAAUGAACCACUGUUUCUCUGUAACUGUAGGAUGUUUAUAUCCUUGUUAUAAUUUUCAUUGCAUUUCUAAUGUACAGAGUACUUUGCCAUCUUGACUUGACUUCUGAACAGUUUAGUGCCUUUGGUUUCUCUUACUCCCAUUUUACAAAGAGAAAACUGAGUCUGGGAAUCAAUAAUUUAAUCACACACAAUGAAUCUGUAGCAGAGACAGGACUUGGGGCAUAAGCCAAACAGAGAAAGAGCAAAUUUCAGUGGAACAGAAAAUACUCUAUGAAAGAAUGUUCGUAGAAACAAAUUAUGCCAUUGUCUAACCAUCCAAAAAGCGAUCCAUCAGAAUAUAUGAGACAAAUACGAUCGAAUAACAUCAAAAAUUGCAUACUGUUAAAUAGUAUCAAAACCUAUCGGAACUCUUAAGUGACAAAAUGAUAGAUCUGGAGGGUUGUGGAAACAAAAACACAAUCCAGUCAUUCCAGCUAAAAAUAGUCCAAAUGCAAAAAUACUGAUCUAGGACCUUAUGGAACAAUGUCAUUUCAGGAUGUUCAUCAUAGUAAGAAGCAACAGUCCAGUCCUAGGAUAUACAAUACCUUUUGCAACAGAGGCCAGUCCUAUGAUAAGCUUCAAAUAAAUUCCUCCUUAAUAUAUGGAAAACUGAAUGUUCAGACACGUGGCCUUUUACAAACUCCUUGAAACAAUCUUUGCUUACUCAGGAAAAUGUCUUUGUAAGGUUUAGCAAUCUUGUUGGUCUCCUUAAUUCAUAUAGUAACUAAUUCCCAAAUGCAAAGGUUUUCCAGUUACCAAACUGAAAAUACUAACUUUCUGCCCCAAAUAUAUACUAUAGUGAGGGGGGAGGGGAGAACAUUCGUAGCUCAUCUUUCAUAUCCUUGUCUUUGAGAGACAGUUUUCUUGCCACAGAAAGGGAUUUAAUGAAGUAGAUAUUCUACACUUUCUCUUUAUUUCAUGUAUUAUUAGAUCAGUAAUUGGCAAAAAACCCAUUAGAGAGAUCAAUAUUGGUAUUAUCAUCUGCAUAUAUAUCUGAUGGAAAAACAGAGGUGGUUGCUUGCAUAAGGCUAUAUAA